AUGGCGAGCCUCCCACAGCGGCUGCAGAUCAGCGCCCGAGCAGGUCCUGCCGCGCCAGCGUCGCCCACCACGCCCUUGCCCUCGAUCACCGAGGCCUUGGCCUGUGUGCCCCCGCCCGGCCCUUCGUCGCCGCAGAGCCGCCAUCACCAGCUUCAGCUGCCGCCGCUGGCCUCGCUCUUCGCGCCACCACAGCCCCAGCGACACCCCCACGUCAUCGAUGGCCUCUACCCGGCCCAGGCCCAGGCGCGGCCCAACCACUUCGGCGACGGCGGGGGCGUCGGACCCCAGCUUCGGCCUCGGGCGGUGCCGUCGGUGAUUCACCUCAAGAACCAGGCCAACGGGGCAUCAAGUGGUCAUCACCAUCAACCAGGGCAGCCACGGCCACGACGCCAACAACAGCUCGACUGGAUCGACCUCACCUGUAACGUUGAGGAGAAGUACGACAAGAAGCCUCAGCUGCCACCGUUCACGUCGAGUCACCGCGGCCACGGGACAUGGUGCAUCAGGUUCGGUAGCUGUGAUGGCAUCGACAACCAGCGCGGCAGUGGUGUGGUCGGGCGGCCGCUGGUGCGGUCGGUCUCGUCCGACGGUCCCAGCUGCCCCGACGUUGGACCCACGCUCCAGACCUCCACCUCAUCCGCCGGCACGGCCGACGGCGAGAUCGAGAAGCGGUGCGCCCACUGCGGGACCCGCUCCACGCCCGAGUGGCGUCGAGGGCCGACCGGUCGCGGCACCCUCUGCAACGCGUGUGGGCUCAAGUACACGAAGACGCUGCAGGCGCAGCGACGGAAGGGCAAGACGGGCAGCACGAUGGGCGCGGUGCCGCUGGCCUCGCUGCUCAACGGCCCCGAAGACCGCAAGCGCCGCACCAGCCUCUCCUCGCCAAUGGUCUGGCAGACCAAGGUCAAGAACUUUGUCUCCUCAUCGCCCUCGUCUUCCUCCUCCUCGUCAUCGUCGCCAUCGCCAUCGUCAUCUUCUCCCAGCGCCUCGUUCCCGCCGGCCCAUCUCUUCGAUCACGCCUGUUCGCUCUCCACCUUUUCUGUGUCGCCAUCGACGUCGUCGACGAGCGGCUCCGGCUCGCCCAGGAAGCGCGCACGCACCCAGUCGCUGCCCAACCCACCAACACACCAGUGA